AUGUCUGACACACAGAAGAACACCACGUACUUGAUCACGGGAGGCAAUCGAGGCAUUGCGCUCGGACUUGUCACGGCGCUGUUGUCCCGCCCGUCCACGACUGUGAUAGCAUCAGUCCGUAACAAGACAUCAGCUUCGCAGCUAGAGUCCGAGAUUUCGAAGACCUCCGUGGGCACCAACAGCAAGCUCUACAUCAUCUUCUUGGACCUGGCCACCGUCACGAGCCCACAAGUCGCUCGUGAUGCCCUCCAGGACAGUCUCGCAAAGCAUAUCACACACAUUGAUGUACUGAUCUCGUCCGCUGCGAUUAUCUCGUCGAUGGGCCCGUCCUUGACCACAACAUCGGGAGAAAUGCAGUCGCACUUCCAGGCUAACAGCACUGCUCAACUGAUGCUCUUCCAAGCCUUCUGGCCGCUGUUGCAGGCGUCCGCCCAGCCAAAGUCCAUCGCCAUUACUUCGUCCGUUGGUAGCAUCGGAGCACAAGAGCCGUUCAGUGGUGGUGCGUACGGUCCGAGCAAAGCUGCGCUAAACUGGAUCGUCAAGCGCUUGCAUCUUGAACUCCAAAAGGAAGGGCUCGUCAGUGUUGCUGUACAUCCAGGCUGGGUUCAGACGGAAGGGGGUCAAUUUGCUGCGGACGCGUGGAGCUACCCUGGCAAGCCGCCACUGACGAUUGAGCAAAGUGUGACGGGAGUGCUGAGUGUGAUCGACGGGGCGAGCAGGGACACUGUGUCCGGCAAGUUCAUGAGUUACGAUGGAACCGAGCUUGUUUGGUGA